UGAUUUUGCAUUUCCGGGAGGACUGUUUUUGUUUAUUAACAGUCCUCCUCCCUGUCAGCUUGGGCACUCUGCUGUGGAUGGCUAAGCACAGCACAGCCAUAUAAAGCAUUAUGAUUACGGUGAAUCGCACACACACCUCCCCCUAGUAAAACACUCCCAACACACAGUUAACCGUUUGAUCACCCCUCAUGUUAACCUAUUCCUGCCCAGUGCCAUUAGUUCAGUGUCAGUGCUUUUUUUUUAGCACUGAUCACUGUAUUGGUGUCACUGGGGAUGUCAGUGACACCAAGUCAGUUCCCCCCAGUGUCAGAAUGUCUGACGCAGUCCUGCUAUAA